AAACUCUUCUCUCUCAGAACAUGAACAAAAACAAAAGUCUAUAAGUUCAGUUUUUGUCCUUCGCUACAUACCAUUCAAAAGCCAAUACCUUAGCAACAUUCAUCAUUUCCAAGCCCAAAAAGCGCGGCAGAGAGAAUUUCACAAACCAAAACCAAAAGCCAUGAAGUUUGGCAAAGACUUCUUAUCACAAAUGGUACCAGAAUGGCAAGAGGCAUACCUGAAUUACAAUCAAUUGAAGUCAUUAUUGAAAGAAGUGAGUCAAGCAAGAGAAGUAGAAACAACAUCAGAAAACCAAAGAAGUAGGUUCAAAAGAAGAGGGUCUUUAUACAGAGCAUUUAGUGGAUUAACAGGUGGAAGAAUAGGGUCUCAAAAGCUACAAGAAGAUCAUGCAACAGCAACAAUUCACACAAACAUAACUCAGAAAGAUCGUGAAGAGUGUUAUCAAAGCAUGUUGUUUGUUUCAUCUUUGGAAAAAGCGGGUGAGAAUGAAGUGGAUUUCUUCAAGAAACUUGACGAUGAGUUGAAUAAAGUGGUGGGGUUUUACAAGAGAGAAGUUGGGAUGUUAAUGGAGGAAGCUGAGGAGUUGAGUAAACAAAUGGAUAUUCUGAUUGCUUUGAGGAUUAAGGUUGAGAAACCACCUGAGUUUUGUUUCCAAGAUUCUAAUGAUCAUGUUAGUCUUACUUCUAAUUCCACUUCAAAGUCCACCAUUCCAAGAACUUCACUUGAGAGUAUUUUUGAAGGACAGUCGCGAUUAGGGGUAACACAAGAAGUAGAAAUGGCAGAAGAAUCAUCUUUGAAAGAUGCAAAAAGUUAUGGCAGGAAGGCGGGUAAAGGAAUAGUUCAACCUACAACUCAAAAUCUCAAACCAGUUUCAUUAGAAUUGUUGCCUCAUGUAAGGAUUAACGUGCAGCCAGAAACACCAAUAUCAACUUUAAAAUGCAUGGUUAUGAGUUCCAACUCUCAAUUGUCUUAUAACAAGACAGAGUUGAGGAAAGCUGAAGAACUCAUGAUGCGAGCUCUUAUUGAAUUCUACCAAAAGCUUAGACUUCUAAAAGACUACAGUUUCUUGAAUAAACUUGCAGUUUUGAAGAUCAUGAAGAAGUAUGAUAAGAUUACAUCACGUAAAGCAUCAAAGGCUUACUUAGAAAUGGUGGAAAAAUCUCCUAUUGGCACCACUCUUGAGGUAACAAGGCUCAUAGAAAGGGUGGAGACGGUUUUUAUUAAGCAUUUUGCAGAUGGAAACCGUAGAAGAGGAAACGACAUUUUGAAAAGAAAAAUCAGAAGUGAAAGACAAGGUUUUACCUUUCUCUCAGGUUUUCUAUUUGGCUGUUCAAUUGCACUUGUAGUGGCCAUCAUUCUUGUCAUACACCUAAGAAACAUCUUCCAGAGUCCAGGGCGUUUUCAAUACAUGGAUAACAUAUUUCCUCUCUAUAGCCUCUUCGGAUUCAUCGUUUUGCACAUGUUGAUGUACUCUUCAAAUAUAUACUUUUGGCGGCGUUACCGUGUCAAUUACGCGUUUAUGUUUGGCUUCAAACAAGGGACAGAGUUGGGUUGUUGGGAGGUUUUUUUUCUUAGUUCAGUUCUUGCUGUGAUCACAUUGGUUUGUGUCCUUUCCAAUUUGGAUAUGGAGGCAGACCCCAGAACUAGAACCUUUGCAGCCAUAACUGAAUCAAUCCCUUUGGCUCUACUCAUUGCCCUUCUUUGCAUAAUAUUCUGUCCUUUCAACAUCGUAUAUCGUUCGAGCCGUUUCUUCCUUGUUCGUAGUGCAUUUCAUUUGGUUUGUGCUCCUUUCUACAAGGUUAGUCUCCAAGACUUUUUCUUGGCAGAUCAACUCACCAGCCAGGUUCAAGCGUUUAGAAGUUUACAAUUCUAUAUAUGCUACUAUGUGUGGGGGGACUUUAUAAGAAGAUCAAAUAGGUGCUUCCAGAGCAAAAUUUUUGAAGCCUUUUUCUUUGUUGUUGCAAUUAUCCCGUACUGGAUUCGUACUCUUCAGUGCGUUCGGCGAUUGGUCGAAGAGAAAGAUGUAGAACAUGUGUUUAAUGGACUGAAAUACUUCUCAACCAUAGUUGCAAUUGCAAUGAGAACAGGUGAUGAUUUGAAUAUGGGAAUCGUUUGGAAAAUUAUGGCUGCAAUUAGUUCUGCUGUUGCAACAAUCUUAGGCACAUAUUGGGAUAUAGUUCAAGAUUGGGGACUUCUCCAAAGAAACUCAAAAAAUCCAUGGUUGAGAGACAAACUAUUGAUAUCGAACAAAGGUGUUUACUUUGUUGCAAUUGCAUUGAAUAUCUUGCUAAGACUUGCUUGGAUGCAAUCAGUACUUGGUUUUAGAGAAGCUCCAUUUAUUCAUAGACAAGCCUUGAUCGCCAUUGUUGCCGUGUUGGAAAUCAUUCGACGAGGAAUCUGGAAUUUCUUCAGGAUGGAGAAUGAGCAUCUAAACAAUGUGGGGAAGUUUAGGGCAUUCAACUCUGUGCCUCUUCCAUUUGAAUACAACAACAAAUUAGAGAUGAAAAGUCAGUUUUGAGUUAUGAAUUACAACAAAGAAGAUACAUAGUAUUAUAUGAACAGUAUUGAUAUGCAUUUGUUAUUAUAUUAUAUCAUGUAGAGAGCAACAUCAGAUGAAGCCAUAAUAUUACAUCAAGUCAACUAAUUGUCACAUUUGUUAA